ACAGUGGUUGGAGACGCGAAAGUUUCUAAGUAAAGGUGUAUCUCGCGUGACGCGAACGCGUAACGGACGAUCCUGUGCUAGUCGCGAUUUCCCGAACCCGGUAACCGGCGUCGGUGUACGGCAGAAGCAACUUUCAGUGUUCGAACGGACAGAAAGCGAGGUUAAAAGAAGUAGAACGUCGCCGAGGCGGCACGAUCGGAGUCGAGGAGAGGCGAUCAGAGUCGAGGGGACACGAGUCGCCGCAUCGGGUCGGUCGGUGACGUCCUCUGUAGGAGAAGCGGUCGAGACCGGGCGUCGGGACGAAGGGAGCGAGAAACGGGACGGACGAAGACGGGUUCGAUUUCGAAUCCCUCCGGUUUCCCGCAGUGAAGGAAUCGCAGUCGCGGGGCGCGCGCGCGCGUCACUGCCCUCUGUUAGCGGUCUCUCGGAAAUCACGUGGAAAAAGGAGAGUGGAUUCUGAUUCUAGUCGUGCACGGUGUUGUCUCGGUCUCGAUAGUAGGGCCCCGCCGGGACGAGUCGCGCGAGGAGGACUCCGUCGGAUGUUCGGUCGCAGUGAUCCAGGAAGGUCCUCUGGCAACGUAACAGCGGACGCACGGUGUCGUUGAGGUUAACUCGAGAGACUGCUGCGAGGACCGAGCGCCCGCGUCCUAUCGCGUUUCGGGCUCCAUGUUGCCGCUGGUGGUAUGACGUCAUCGAGUGUUGGUGCUUCGAUAGUGGGCUCGUUCCUCACCCGUUCCAUCAAAAUUACCCGAUCAUGUUUUCGUGAUAAAUUCCACGGUUCGUUUUGGUGCGGCAAACGGUGAACUCGCAGGCGACUUCGACGGCCGGUCACCCCCGAUCAGUGCAACCGUGCUCGCGAGGCUGCCACGCAUCCUCCACUACCCGAGCUCGAGAUCACUGAUGAAAGAGAGGGACAGAGACAGAGACAUGGAACUCGUCGUGGCUUCCUGAAUCGGUAUGUAACCGUAGUGGAUCUGUUUCUACCGAUAGUUGAGACUCGCGACCGAUAUCUUGUCUUCAAUGCUAUCUCUACAUUCAAAAGAGAGGUUUGAGAGUGCCCUAGACGAGUGGUCGUUGCCGUCGUCGUCGUUAUCGUCGUUAUCGUCGUCAUCGUCGAGUUGUCAACGUCGACGUCGCGGGUACCUUGUCGCAGGAUCUCGCUUUCUUCGGAUCCAGCCGUUCAUCACCGACCUUUCACAAUGGCCGCUCAUUUAUGACAAAUCAGAGGCGGGUGAGAAGCGAGCGACGCGGCGAGGAGGACGAGCCGGCGUUAGCGUAGAAGAAGAGAGUGUCGUUUCGGUCAGGUACGCUCAAACUCGCAUCCAAAGUGGCUAAGAGCGUAAGUCCUCGCCGAGUGCACCAGGAGUGCUCGAGCGGAGGUGCAGGAGGGGAGGUGCAGGUACAGGUGCAGCAGGAGAGACGAGCACCGAGGCGCAUGCCUUACCUGGGGCCUGAUAUGACAACCCGGCUGUCCGCCAUGUUUUACACGGUCGAAGUCGGGGACACAAGGUUCACCAUCCUCAAGCGGUACCAGAACUUGAAGCCGAUCGGUUCCGGUGCGCAAGGGAUCGUCUGCGCGGCGUACGACACAGUGACCGCGCAGAAUGUCGCGAUCAAGAAGCUCUCGAGACCUUUCCAAAACGUGACGCACGCUAAGAGGGCCUACAGGGAAUUCAAGCUAAUGAAGCUGGUCAAUCAUAAAAAUAUAAUCGGUCUUUUGAACGCGUUCACGCCGCAACGGUCGUUGGACGAGUUCCAGGACGUUUACUUGGUCAUGGAGUUGAUGGACGCAAACCUGUGCCAGGUGAUUCAAAUGGAUUUGGAUCACGAGCGCAUGUCCUACCUGCUGUAUCAGAUGCUGUGCGGCAUCAAGCACUUGCACUCAGCCGGUAUUAUUCACAGGGAUUUGAAGCCGAGCAAUAUCGUAGUGAAGGCCGACUGCACGUUAAAGAUUCUCGAUUUCGGUCUAGCGAGGACCGCGGGGACCACCUUCAUGAUGACGCCGUACGUGGUUACGCGAUAUUACAGGGCGCCAGAGGUGAUCCUCGGGAUGGGAUACAAGGAAAACGUGGACAUUUGGUCUGUCGGCUGUAUAAUGGGCGAGAUGAUCCGAGGUGGCGUAUUGUUCCCCGGAACGGAUCACAUCGAUCAGUGGAACAAGAUUAUUGAGCAACUGGGAACGCCGGCGCAGGAGUUUAUGCAGCGGCUGCAGCCUACGGUGAGGAAUUACGUGGAGAACAGGCCACGGUAUCCGGGAUAUCCGUUCGACAGGUUAUUUCCGGACGUACUGUUUCCAUCUGACUCGUCGGAGCACAAUAGAUUGAAAGCAAGUCAAGCCAGGGAUCUAUUGUCGCGCAUGCUCGUGAUCGACCCCGAGCGACGCAUCUCCGUCGACGACGCUCUGCUGCACAAUUACAUAAACGUGUGGUACGACGAGGGCGAAGUCAAUGCCCCUGCCCCGGGCCCGUACGACCACAGCGUGGACGAGAGGGAGCAUACGGUGGACCAGUGGAAGGAACUGAUCUACCAAGAGGUGAUGGAGUAUGAAACGAGCCACAAUACCGCGACGACGGCCCAAGCGUCCGAGAGCGGUGGUUCCCGGUAGACACGCGGGAACGCUCGCCACCAGCAUCUUUCCCAUCGCGGACACGCACCUAGACUAUUGUCUGAUUUUCUCGUACUACGUAUACAUAUACAUUACACUAUGUAUAUAAAAUAUUCCGCGAGAAUGUAAUGAAGAGGGAAGGAGAACGAGUUAAAAAUAGUUCACGUCCAUUGGGAGAGACGUACGUUAAAACGAAGCGCCGUUUUUGUUCGAGGCGAAGAAGAGAUGGAAGAAGAAGAAAAAGAAGAGGAAGAGGAUAGAAACGGGCGCGGCAGGAAGCUCGCGUAACGAACGGAGAUAUAGGAAAGAACGAAACGAAACGCGGAAAGAAGUAGAUAAAUGUGCGAGCGAGAGUAAGUGUGAGCGGGUAAAAGAGAGAGAGAGAGAGAGAGAGAGAGAGAGAGAGUGAAAGUGAAAGAAAGUGUAAGGUAAGGAGAUAGAUAGGUAGAUGCGCGCGUGGUAGGCGCUGCUCCGUCGGUUUUUCGACGGGAAAUCGGAGAAAUAGAGAGAGAGAGAGAGAGAGAGAGAGAGAGGGGCGAUAUUAGCUCCGAGAUACGAGUCGUUCGUACAAGGCAUAACGAGCGCGCGUCUGCGAACGCACGCGUGUAAAGUUAGGGAUCCCUCUGCAACCAAAGCAUCGACGCGAUUCCAAAGCGUCGCAUCCGCUCGACUGUCCGGUCGACGGAUGAGAAGAUAAGAGAGAAAACAGAACUCACUACCGCGCGACGUUCGUCGUUGUUUUCGUUCGGUCUUCUUGCUCCUCUUUUCCGAGCACGUCUUGUCUCCUCCGUACGGGAAAACGCGUAUUCGUUCGCAACGAACGUUCCCCGCGAUCGAGCUUAACGAAUAAAAAAUGAGAAGAAAAAACUGAAUAGAGAAUGUGUUUUUGCAAUAACGCGCAUUCGUUCGCGUGUCACACUCGCACCGAUGUUAUAUUCCCAUUCCGUCGCGAACCAAACCGAACUUAACAUCCUUUGUCCCUUUCGCCUACUUCACAUUCUUUGCGCCACCUACUUAUCUUCUUACUCUGUCCUCCACUUACUUUCCCCUCCGAUCGAUGACCGGCUGGCUAAAACGGAGACGCCGCCAGUGUGAACGAUCGAUCGCCGACGAACUGCCCAAUACGAAACAAAUGUUUUACUGUCUUUUCAAUUACUGCCAUCGAUAAUCGGCUCGUAGCAAACGACAUGAGAAUGAUUGUCGUGCGUCGUAUCGUUCCUCCGUUGUAGCUUCUUAGCUCACGCAGCUGCGAGACAGGCUUGGUUCGCGGGUUUGGAACUACUGCAUCAGUAGCAGAAGCGUAUCGUACGUGGAAUCGCUAUAACGUUAUCUUAAUCUUGAAACAAUUCGUAUUCUGAGUGUUGGAAUAAGUGGAACAUCGAUUAUCCAAACCAGUUAUGAUAUCAGGGUAUAAAUUGAUUCAUAAAUAAGACGAGAGCUUUUCAGAACGCGAACGUCUUAUUGGAAUUUAUGUAGCUGAUAUUCAGUCGAGCACUGUUCGGAUAAAUGAUAUUUUACCAUUUUGAAGAAAUAAUUUCUAGGCCAAAUACGGUAUGAAUAAUUUCAAUCAGAUUUAUUAUAUAAUAUUAUAGCGAUUGCAUGGAUAAGAAGAGAUCGUCGAAACGUAAUUUUUUACGUAAUCUCCGAAUGCGUCCGACGUACAGGGUGUCGCGAAAUAGGGAAGAGAACCCACUACCCCCGCCCCUUUUCAAAGUCCACGAGAAGAACUCGCCUGCGAGACAAGUAAGCGUUUAAUGAAAAAAAAAAAAAAAUUGUCGAAUGCGAGAAACACGUUGUGUAUUUUUAUAUAUAUAUGCGACACGAAAACACAAAAGAUUGUGCGUGCUUUUGUCCUUAAUCGUUUUCGCGCGCUCGUACGCCAGCCGAUAUUUUGUAACGUUAACUUUGUAAGAGUGAUACACCGUUUUAAUCUUCUAAAAACCGAGGGAGGAAAACGUUUUUCCCGGGGGAAACACGAGUGAGAACUGGAACAGAAAAGAGAGAAUGAAGCAUGACGAACGAAGUGAACACGGGAACGCGGCCAAAAAAAGGGAACUGACCGAAGGAAAUCCAGAGAUAUUAAACAAAAUUCGACUUGCAUCGUCGAAAGGCGAUUACUGCGAACACGAGGCUCGGGAAUCCGUAUCUACGAAGAAAAAGAACAAAAAAAAGAUAAAAAAAAACAGUGUGCAAUGUCGCGACGAUCGAUCCUCGAGUAUCCACGAGACGACAGUCUGUUCGCGGUUUGUACUCGUCGAUUGUCUCGUUAGUUAGUUAGUUUCCUUAGAUGAAAAUAAAAGAGAACGAAAACGAAG